AACUGCCUGUUCCCACAUUUGCUCCCCUCUCCCCAACCUCUCUCUGAGACACUCUGUGCUACUCUGAUGGGCUCCAAACACAGGCCAGUGUUAUCAUCUUCCCAGUCCAAACUAUAUACUCUGAUCCCAGGACUUCACCGUGCAGGUUCUAUGAGCUUCAGAGAGUGAGCUGGGCCUAUUUCUGGAGAUUUCACCUUUCAAUACUUUUUUAUUCUUUUGAAAAUUUCCAUCUAUCUGAAGGAAUAACUCAGCCCACUGAACCUGUAAUAAGUAUGGAACUGCAUAAGCAAUCAAAUGGCAAUCACCACCAUGAUGCUGCUUUACCUAAUGAGGGAGGAAUCUCAUCAGAGAAAGAAAGGUUCCUACAGCACAAGAAUGAAGGCUCAAAGGGACCUCAGUUCACAGAUUUUGAGGGUAAAACCUCCUUUGGGAUGUCUGUCUUCAACCUGAGCAAUGCCAUCAUGGGCAGUGGCAUUCUGGGUCUGUCAUAUGCCAUGUCGAACACAGGCAUCAUCUUUUUCCUGAUCCUGUUGACGUGCAUUGCUUGUCUGUCCUGUUACUCUAUCCAUCUGCUGCUACGUAGUGCUGGAGUUGUGGGUAUUCGUGCCUAUGAGCAGCUGGGCCUCAGAGCUUUUGGUCAUCCAGGGAAGAUUCUAGCAGCUGUCAUCAUAACGUUACAUAACAUUGGAGCCAUGUCCAGCUACCUAUUCAUAGUGAAAUAUGAGUUACCACUGGUCAUCCAAGCCUUUCUUGGCCAGACAUCUAGGUCUGACGACUGGUUCAUGAAUGGAAACUACCUCAUCAUCAUCGUCACCGUCUGCAUCAUCCUUCCGCUGGCCCUGAUGAAACACCUGGGGUAUCUUGGUUACACCAGUGGAUUCUCCCUCUCCUGCAUGGUCUUCUUCCUCUCUGCGGUCAUCUACAAGAGAUUCAACAUUGCUUGCCCUCUGGAAGUGUUUGGCAACUACUCUUUGAACACAGCCAUCCCAGAGGACACAUGCACCGCCAAAUUCUUCACCAUCAACCAAGAGACAGCGUAUACCAUCCCUAUCCUGGCAUUUGCUUUUGUGUGUCACCCUGAAGUGCUUCCCAUUUAUACUGAACUGAGCAACCCAACCAAAAGAAGAAUGCAGAAUAUUGGCAACGUUUCCAUCAUGGGCAUGUUCAUCAUGUACUUCUUCACUGCCAUAUUUGGCUAUCUGACCUUCUAUGAGAACACUGAAGCAGAGCUCCUCCAUACCUACAGUAAGGUGGACCUCUUGGACACUCUCAUCCUGUGUGUUCGGCUGGCUGUCCUGGUGGCUGUUACUCUGACUGUUCCUGUGGUUUUGUUUCCUAUCCGUCGUGCCCUCCUGCAGCUGCUGUUUCCAGGGAAGCCCUUCCACUGGCUCCGUCAUAUCUGCAUUGCUGUGUGUCUGCUGUUUGCCGUCAACCUGCUGGUUAUCCUUGUUCCCAACAUUCGAGACAUCUUUGGCAUUACUGGAGCAACCACUGCUCCCAGUCUGAUCUUCAUCCUUCCUGGGCUGUUCUACAUCCGCAUCAUCCCCAGUGACCAGGAGCCAAUGAAUUCCAGACCAAAGUUACAGGCUGCAUGUUUCACGGCACUGGGUUUCAUAUUCAUGACCAUGAGCCUGACAUUCAUUGGGCUUGACUGGAUGAGCGGAGAAAAGCGAAGUCUCGGUGGCCAUUAAAGUGCACCACCAAGCCCUACAGCAACAGCAGCCCACUGCUGCGCACCUCCUCCAGUACUCUGGAUAGGAAGCAAGAUUCAACCUACUGCUGCAAGGCUCAGGGCUUUGGUGGGACUGUUUUGAUUAAUCAUAUGGACAGUGCAUUCCUCUGGAGUGUUGAGAGGAGCCCAGUUUUGUCAUGUCACCCACCCAGGUUGAUAUAUAACAUCAUGAUCUAUCACAGGUGGUGUUCCUCUGUUCUACAUAAAGAGCUGACAAAUAUGUUGACCAUGGAAGGCCCUCAACCACUAAAAGCUAUUUUCCUUAACAGGAGCUAAAUGUGGUGUGUAGUAAUUGCAAUUUUAAAAGCAAAUUGGGAAAAUGUGUAAAUUCAAAAAACGUGUUUAAUUAUCAGCAAAGGUUGAUGUAGAAAAAAUAUUGGGUAGUACUGGUGGUGCUUGAUAAAAAUGCUAUUCAAAAAUAGAUCCCAUCAUGGUGUUUAACAUUGUAGUCUUAUUAUUUCUGCUCAUCAGAGAGCUGUACAGUAUGAGGUAACCAAACACAUGCAUUCAGAUAAUUCCCUUCAAUUGAUGUAUUGUGGCAUUAGGUUUAUACAACUGUGAACCAAUUAAUUUGGUAUAAUUAAUUUGUGAAUUUAUUCUGGACAGCAUAUGUGGAUAUUGUUGAAUAAAAAUUUACAAAAGUUUUUGGGGUGUAAUAUAACCUAUUACCUAACCUAUAACCUAACACCGAUUCUGAGGGGCAAGCCAAAGAUCAUUAUAGUGUACCUCUACUGUGUACCACUUACAGCACAUCACUCUGGCAGAAACCACUUCAACUGUCUUAUGAUUGGAUAAAUUAAACAAUUGAACAUAGGGCUAAAGGGUAUCUAUGAUUAGCCCUUCUAGCUAGAAAUUUUUUGGUUCAUGACAUCUUGGACAGCUGCUUAAGGAGUCCUUAUCUUUCAAUGUAAUGUUAUAGCAUAAGCAGAAGUUUUACAUGGUACCUGCCAGUGAAAAAUGGCAACUGUCAAUGAAACACAUAUUCUAAAAUAAAUAUUAGAAUAAAUUCUAAAAUAAAUAUUAGAAUAAAUUCUAAAAUAAAUUUUAGAAUAACUCUAAAAUUAAGUGGUGUACCAAUGGUAUGCAAGUGGAACAUGAAGUGGUUUUAAUUGGCACACUCAGCAGUAAAUUACAAGUUGCCGAUUUGAUCCCUGGUUACCCCUUCUGUCUACAUGUUAAGUUAUUCUCUUUGAGCAAAAUACUGAAAUCGACAUUGCUCCCAAUUGCAAACUCAGCAUCUUGCAUGGCAACCCUGCUGCCAUCAAAUGAAAGGCAAAUUGUAAAAACUUGCUAAAUGUAGCUAAUCCAUGUCUUAUCCAAGUGUUAUCUAUUUACCAAUUGGUUUAUGCGGGUGGUGGAACAUAGUUUUUUUGACAUACCACACAGAAUUGCCAUGUGACACUACCAACACCAUAAACAAGCACUUCUGUCUCAACCUUACCUGUUGAACAGUGACCAUAUAUUCUGUCUUCUUUUGGUUGACAUGAUUUUUUCUUGUCUUCUUUGUUUGAUUGCCAGGUUGUGGUCACUUAAGCUAUACUUGGUUAGGAUCUGCCUCUGCUUUCUAUCUCUGACAGUUAAGAGAUAUUCUGCCAAUUCAUCAUAUCUGUUUAGGGACAGAUAACAUUCUACUUUCUACAUUCUUAAUCUGCGUUUUGAACAGGUUUCUUUACACUGUAUUAUAAUUUGGUUUACUCUGAUUGGUGUUUGGAAAGUAGUGUUGUUGUGAGACUGGUCAGAGUGUGUUUGGGAGGGGGCAGUUAGUCUCAGCACCAGCUGACGUAGGGGAUUCUUUUCUGGGCUCAGCUCUUCUACACUGUAUUCAAUGAUUGUCCAAAGGUUUGUCUAAAAAACUCUCAAAGAUCUACCAGCAGGGUUUACUGUCUUAGAAAUUAUGUUCACAACUUAUUACCACAUAAGGAUAUAAUUUGGAACAACAAUAAUAUGACUGAUAACAAUAAAAGUAUAUAUAAAGAGAACUGUAUUAAAAGGGGUAUAAUCUUUGUUACAGCUUUGUUUGCUGAUAAAGGUAAUCUCUAUAAUUAUGAAAACUUCCUAAGAGCCAAGUCUUUUUUGGUCAAACACAAAGUAUUUGUUUCUGUAAUAAAGGCUCAAAAUGUUAAUGUUCAAGCGCCUUGUUUAAAAGUUGGUGGGAUAAAAUUAACAGACAUAAAAUGUACAAACAAACACACAAGGGAAGAAUAUCAAAACCAUAUUAAGAUUUCACUCAAAGGAAAACAUUUUUUUGGAAUUCACAACUAGAUCAUAUAAACUGGCGUAAGGCAUGAUUGUGCCUCUUCCAAUUCUGUGUUUCGAACAAGAUCAGAGAAAUUCAUUUCAAAAUCUUGCAUAACAUUUACCCAUGUAACACAAUAAUUUCCAAAUUUAUUGACAUAGAUAUUAAAGCCAUCUUUUGUGAAGCUGAGCCAGAAACAAUCAUACAUUUAUUUUGUAACUGCCCCUCCUCAUCUGUUUUUGGAGAGACAUAGAUAAGUUUCUUUAUAAAAACACUGGACACUCUGUAACAGUCACACUUAAAUACAUUGUAAUAAUAAACCUGAUAAAUCUUACACUUGUAAUUGGUAAAUUUCACAUCCAUAAGGCUGGAUUUUCUAAGUCCUUUUCAAGCCUUAAUAUUCUUCUGGUUGAAUUCACUUUGUACAUACAGUAGAUACAUUAACCCUUAUGACAAACAAAAAAGUGAAAGCACACUUAUAUUUUAAACAAUUAUUUUAAGUACUCACUGAUUAAGUUAUAUUGACUCUAUGUGUAGAUAGUACUUUCUUUACUGAUACUUUUUUAAAAUUUAUUCUUUGCCUGGAACCAAAGAAACAGUGUUCCAAAUUUUUUUUUUUAAUUUAAUGUUAUCUACAAAUUGAUUCUACAAAUGUAUAAGAAUAAUCAUUUGAAUGUCUGUAAGUUCAUUUUGUUCAAAGAAGAGAAAAACAUUUUUCAGAGAGCAUUUGCCAACGGGGAAAGUCCAACACUUGGCCGGCCGGCCGACCAGUGGUGCAACUUUAUCACUCACUGAGUCAGUCACGGACAUUCGCGUUCUUCGGUCUGGCCCCACUGUUGCGGUCCAGCCAAAAAUCAUGAUAUUAUUUUUCUUCAUAUAUACUGCUAGGGCCCAGUUCUAGCAGUAUGUAUCUACUAUGUCCAGCUGUUGCUGUAGUCCUCGUUUAGUGAGGGAUAGUAGAGCAAGGUCAUCAGCAUUAAACAGAGACUUCACCUCUCUAUCUGGGUAGGAGAGGCCAGGAGCGGCACAUUGAUCCAACUGAACAGAAGGUCUUUUAUAUAUACAUUCAAUAACUUAGGACUUAAACUACAGCCCUGAGGAACACCUCUUCUCUGGGUACAGAAUUUAGUUUUUUCGUCUCCAAUUUUAACAACACAACUGUUUUCCAAAUACAUUGAUUUAAUCAAUGUAAUAGAGUCCUUCUGCCAAACGGAGUCAAAACCUUUUUUUGAAUCAAUAAAA